AUGCUACAAAGUGCCUUUAUUUAUCUGGUCUCACGAGUUGCAACUGAGGCUCAUCUUCACAUGGCAUAUAGCAGCUGCUCUCGGUACAAUAGGCAUGGAUUAUUCGGUGAUAUUCGUGGUCUACCUUUAAAUUUUCUUAGAAAUUCUACUCUCCACAAACAUAUUGCUGGUAAAAGUGAUCAAGACGAUCGUAGUGGUCAAGACACGUUUGAUCCAGCUAUAUUUCCUGAAUACCAACAAGAUUGUAACGUUUUUGGUUCGUGCAUAGUCAGUGGAGAGCUGGGAGCAAGGGGUUCUGCUGUGUAUGCUGGGGAGAAGCUUGUUUCAGAGUAUGAAUUCUCACUGGAGCAGGAUUGUAACAUGGUGUUGGCUGCAAUGAAGUGGAAGGUUUUGUGGUCUAGCAGCACUGGUGGAAGGAGUACAUGCAAGCUCACACUCCAAAUGGAUGGGAAUUUGGUGCUUCUAGACAGUCUAGGUAGAGGUUUCUGCAGAACAAAGGCGCUACUCAGAGACAGGAAAGGUCAGGAGAAGCUCAAGACUCAUGACUUCCAUCCGGAGACUUACAUGGGCAACCUCCUCGUCCAAAUGUAUGGAAGCUGCGGGGCUGCCACACUGGCCUUCGAUUCGAUUGCACAGCAGCUGGAACUAUCUACUAGCGGCUUACAUUCACAGCUAAAACUUGCCGGAUAUAAUCUUCAGAAAGAUGGCUCAGCACGCGCUGCGCUUACGCAAAAUGAAGAACUUGAGGACGUAAAACUUUUGCUGCAAAGAAUGCCGUUCUACAACGUUCUGACCUGGACAACCAUAAGAUCAGGCUACGUAUACAGUGGUAACACUGGUAACGCAAACGUAUACUUCGAAAACAUGCCAGAUCGAAGCACCAUCACCUGGAACUUAAUGAUCUCGGCAUAUGCCCGGUGUGGGAAUUCACGUCAAUGUAGCAGUCUUUUCGACAAAAUCCCUGGAAGAACUGCCGAAUCGUGGAACUCGGCAACGCAGGCUCUAGCUAAAGCUGGAAACGUAGCAAAGAUGUUUGAGCUCGUGCUGGAGCGAGAUAUAGUUUCAUGGAACGUGGCUUCCAAGCAGCUCAAAGACGCCGAGAGCUUGUUUGCGAGCAUGCCGCCAGGACGAGACAUAGUCUCUGGAAACAUCAUGCUAGGAGCUUAUGCCAAGGCUGGACGAAUGGAUCUCGCUGAUAGCGCCUUCGCAAGGAUGCCGCAGCAUAGCUGA